AUGUCUUCAAAACGACAAUCGUCUCAACAAUCACAAAAUUCGUCAUCUCUACCAACACGAUCAUUGGUUGCCUCAAAGGUUUCAUGCGAUUUAGAUGAAGCAAAAUUAUUGCAAGAUUUAGGACAUAAUUAUAUAGGUGUCGAAAAAGUUUUUCGACGUUAUGAUAAAGAUGGAAAACCGAUGGGUUUCAUUCGAAUCGACUUUAAAGCAGAAAAUGUUGCUAUGAAAAUUAUCGACAGUGGAUAUAUUCUCAUUGAUGGAAAACAAUGUCCUGUUCAAUCAUAUUCGCCAUUAAUUUGUCAUCGAUGUCAAAAUGAAGGACAUUAUGCUUCUAAUUGUCCUCAAAAACCUUUAACUGAACAACGUGCUAUGGAAAUACUGAAGCAGCAAAAAAAGCAAUUCGAAACAAUGAUUAAUGAAUUUGAAAGAAAAUGGAAUGCACGUUUGUCUGAAUCGACAACUUCGUCGAAUCAUGCCCAUGUUAAUCAAUUAUCACCAAUUUUUAGAGAUCUUAAAACAGUUUGUGAACAAUUUAAUCAACAAAAUGUUCAAAUGCAAAGAGCACUUCAUUCCAUUGUGAAUCGAGGACAUGACAUACAAACUAAAUUGAAUAAUGAACAAGCACAACCAAUAUAG